AUGGUGGGAGACUCGUGGCCGAAGUCACACGCGGGAGGCUCCCUCCACGACCCCUCCGUCUACCUCUUGGACUACGUCCCCGUUGAUCUGCGCCUGGAAGUCAGCCACGCCUUUGUGGUUGGAUUUUCGAACUGUAUGGCAACCUUUGCCUACCUCCUGCGGCAGAAACAGUUCCCGAAGCCCGCCCUGAUGAGGCAGUGCAUAGGCUUCGUUCCUGGUCUGGACAAGGGGGCCACUGCUUCGUACUUCCAAGCUGGAGGACGUCCAGAGUAUGCCAUAGAUGCUGUGCUUGCGCGGUGCGAGGAGGAUGUGGUGGAGGCCGCGAGCCUCGGCAUGGUGGAGGAUGGGGUGCUCCAGGAGGCCUUGGAGGCCCUGCCAGCCUGCCCUAUGGACGAUCGCUUCGAUCUGGUGCGGCAGGCCCUCUUCCAGAACAGCGCUGUCUGGCCUUGCGGUCCGUACAGCAUGGACGAGGAGCAGUAUCAGGGGGAUGAUGGCUGGGUCCACUACGACACCAGUGGCUGGAGCGGACAGCCGGGGCAAUAG